AUGUUUCGCAACUAUUUCCAUUACUCGGCUUUUCUUAUAACAAGUGUUUAUGCGCACAGAAAGCCGAAGAUUGAAUUAAACCAGACUUUUUUUCCAUGGAAAAUAUUUAUCUAUCAACCUUAUACUUUAUUCACCCUUUCAUUCCGUUCUAACGAACAACAAUUCGAAUUUCGCCUCCUUCUCUUUAUUAGACGUUACACUUUUUCUUUCCGUCUCCUCCUAUCCGUUACACACCUUCUCUUAUUUCUUUUUUUUUUCUCUCUCUCUCGUGUGCUUUGCGAUUUCACUCAUCAUACUUUGCUAAAACUGUCGUUGGGAAAAGAAAAGAAAAAGAAUGAUUCUUUUCAUAGUCUCCUACGCCGCUUGCUUCUUCCUUUUCUCUCUUUGAUCGGCAGGCUUUUGCUUGAGAUGGCAUCAUUUCCCUCUCGUACAAACGCUUGCGCACACGUGCAGCCUGGAAACGGACGCGUGUGCGCAGAUCAUUUCUUAUUCUCUUUCUCAUAUUUUGUUUCUUACUUCUGCAACAAUUAUCCACUUUUCUUUUUCUUUUUUUAUACAUUUGUCAUUCCCUACUGUUUUCUUUCCUUCAUUUUCAGCACCGUCAUCUUUUCUCUAUUUUUAUUUCUAUUUCUCUCUUAUAACCAAAAAUUGAUUCUAUUCUCCUUUAUUAUUUACUUCUCCUUUUCCGUCACCUAUCCUGUUUUAUUUUGCUUCUUUCCUUCAUAUUUAUUCGUUUUCUCCUUUAUUUACCCGGGGAGUCAUUUUAUCCUUUGUUUUCUUUCAUUUCAUUUUCUUUUCAUAUCUCUCUCUCUCUUCCUUUAA